UUACAGUGACCAGCCCACUACUAUAUACUUCUUUUUCCCCGUUGUUGUUUUAAGCCCCUGUGCCCUCUGCUCGGCUCCCUCACUCCAUCUCUCCUCCUUUCUUGUGCCAUCACUCACCCUCCCCUCCCGCCUGUGCCGCCCUCUCUCCCUCUAUUCUCUAGGAUCUCCUGUGUGCCCUCCUCUCCCGCCUCCUCCUCCUCCCCCUCCCCGGCUCUGUCGCCACCUCUCCCCCGUGCCCUCCCUCUCUCUCUCUCUCUCUCUCCCUCUGGCUCCCGUUCAUAUUGCAGGUCAGGGGUGAGUCCCCCACGUCACGCUGGAAGAUGGCGGCCGGGUGGCUGUGAGAUGAGGAGCUCGGGGCUGCACUGACAGAGCCGCACACAUGCAGUAAGGAAGAGCACAUUGAAUGAGAAGGGGGAAAUGGAUCUGCCAAACCAUGCCAAACAACUGCUGCUUCAGCUGAAUCAGCAACGAGCCAAAGGUUUCUUAUGUGAUGUUAUCAUUGUGGUGGAAAAUGCCCUGUUCCGAGCUCACAAGAACAUCCUUGCCGCCAGCAGCAUGUACUUUAAGUCUCUUGUUCUUCAUGACAACUUGAUCAAUCUUGAUACGGAUAUGGUAAAUCCAGCUGUUUUCCGCCAGAUUCUGGACUUUAUCUACACCGGUAAACUUUUGACAUCCGACCAGCCAGGAGAGCAGAACUUCAGCGCCCUUCUCACUGCAGCAAGCUACCUCCAGCUCCAUGACUUGGCGACUCUUUGUCGGAAGAAGUUGAAGCGUGCUGGGAAGCCAUUUGUUGGAAAGCUUGGAAUACCCAGCAUAGGCCGAGUUGGAAGAAGUCACAGGCUAUCCAAUCCCCCACUUGCUCACAUGCGAUUUUCUGGGUCCUUGGAUGGCAACAAGGGUCCCAACUCAAAUGAGUUAUCCAAAGCUGCAGGGCAAGAAGAAGAGAUGUUUAUUAGCAACCCCAAGCAGGAAAAUAGCCACCCUUUAAGUCGAGGUACAGGGAGCAAUAGCAGCCUCAAUAACAGCAUUAAUGGGAGUGAUCAUGAGCUAGGUCUUGACCUUUCUAAGAAAAGCCCGUCCCUACCUGCACAAGAAGAGAAUAUACAAGCAGACGGUCAUGCAGGCAGUCCAAAAGCUGUCUCAGCAUCUGUAGCCAAUAGUGCCUCAUAUGAAGAAUCCUCCCUCCAAAAAAGAGACGGCGAACCAAUGGAAGUAGAGGAGAACCACUCUGAAUCCGGGCCAAAGAAAAACCACCGCCACAACUCCCGUAAAAAAGAGUGGGAUAGGAAAGAGGGGGAAACGUCUCCAAAGGAAGGAGAACCUAUGCCCAAUGGAGUUAUUGUGGGGCCUAUGUCAAUGGAAAGAAAUUCUAUUGGAGGCUAUACGUCUGAGCAGAGUUUCCAGUGUAAGGAGGAGGUAGAAAAUGGCAAAGAUAACAGUGAGGAGAGUGGACAUAGUGAGAAUGAGAGUGAGCAUCCUAGUGCCAACUAUGUUUACAGACAAGAUGGAUUUGAGACUGUGCCAUUUGGUGACAACCUGUAUGUCUGUAUCCCCUGUGGAAAGGGAUUUCCUAAUUCUGAGCAACUAAAUGCCCAUGUGGAAACGCACACUGAAGAGGAGCUAUAUAUCAAAGAGGAGGAUUCCUACUGUAAGGAAGAAGCAGAGGAUCUGUCCACUCCCAAUACAACCUUUCCUAAUGAAUCUCGGCCAUUCAAGUGCUCUGUGUGUGAGAGGAGCUACAAAGACCCAGCCACCCUACGACAGCAUGAGAAAACGCAUUGGCUGACCCGUCCCUUCCCAUGUAACAUCUGUGGCAAGAUGUUCACACAACGAGGAACCAUGACCCGCCAUAUGAGGAGCCACUUGGGCCUCAAACCCUUUGCUUGUGAAGAAUGUGGGAUGCGCUUUACUAGGCAAUAUCGACUGACCGAGCACAUGCGUGUCCACUCAGGGGAAAAGCCCUAUGAAUGUCAGCUCUGCGGUGGUAAAUUCACCCAGCAGCGCAAUCUGAUAAGUCACCUGCGUAUGCACACCUCCCCAUCCUAAACCAAAGACUCUUGUGACACCCUAAGAAUGUGCUUCUCGUGCACACAAACACACACAAACCAAUUUACCUUCCUGAUGGCUUGCUGCUUUAAGGGUACCUGUUUUCCAGUUAUGUUGCAUCAAAGAUGGUAGAAAGGGGACGUAAAGCCUCCCCUGAGCUUUAACGUGUAACAAACUGCAACAACAUUUCAAGUUAUGGUACAGUGGAAGCCUAUUAUGUGUCACCUCCACUUCUCUAAAUGAAGAGUAAAUUAGAUCCCCAUCAUUCUUCACCUUUGUCUUCAGGACCUACACAAAGACUUCAAGGGCCCUCUUGCUAAGAAUUGGCUGUAAUGUUCUGGCAUAAAGCUGGUGAAAUUACCAUGUUUUAUUGUGCGAGGAGGCACCCUGGUACAUACAGUCAUGCUUACAUUUGGGUUUGCAGGUGUGUUUGGAUAGGGGGCUUCUUGGUGUAGGGUCGCUGAAAGAAUGUUAGACACCCUGCUGUGUCCACACCUUUCUACAUCUGUCCAGCCUUAAGAGGUGCUGGCCUCCUAGUUGUAUCCAUGAAUGAAAACCAAGAAAACCUCACAUCUCCCUCUCCUGGUUACCACUGUGGGCAUCUGAAUAGCAUCAUGCCAAGUUGUCCCUAAUUUACACCAAUGAAUAGAUGGCUGAAGGUGGGCUGGCACUUUUCAGGGGCACUUGGUAACCAAUGGCUGUGAAUUCUUUGCAUGUUCCUUCUUGGUAUCUUACUUCCUUCUGAAGGCCCUUUUCUCCACAGACUGGAAACUAACUUUUGCCCAACAGUUGCACCCAAGUGAGCCAGUGGGAGGGAGGUCGUCUCUCUCUCUCUCUCUCUCCUUUUUCUUUUUUUCUGCCUUCCUCUUUUCUUUUUGUGUUUCCUAUCCAUAAUAGGUACGUGUCUCAGUACUGGGCUGUGGGAGACUUAUUUGAAUUACAUUUUGAAUCUGUGAAUUUUUGAACUGGAAGUUUAAGAUUAAUAUUUGGGGUGGUGGGUUAGGAUUCUUGCUUUCACUACUCAAUUUCACAUUAUUGAGCUUUCCGUGUAAAGAUGAGCAUGGUAACUCAUUCUCUUCUUCUGAGGGCUCCCAGUGCUUUGUUACAGUGCACAAUGUCCUGCUUACAUGACUCAAAAAGUGUUAGGACGGUAGGAGGUUAUCAGUAUCUCCAACACCUCAAAAAAAUAGGAUAAGAAAAUCUACUUUGAUGACAGACUGGCUUCUAGCUCUAGCCUAUCUGUAAGAGAAGAGGAUUCUAACCAUAUUGCUGUUCAUGGUGACUUGUCACCGACUCGGUACUCCUGUGUGUGUGUGUGUGUGUGUGUGUAUCUAUGUGUCAGCCUGUUUUGGCUGUGUAUGUUGUGGCAUGUGAGAUGGAAGGAUGUGAUGAACUGGUCACUUUUGCUACCUCUUGAACUCUUGAUAAGUAAGAAGCUUUUGCAUAGUUUUUUUUUUCUUUGAUGUAAGUAAAUGUGUAAAGUUAGAACAUUUAAAUUAAAUGAGAAACAUUAAAAACAUAAGACUGUCAGGAAUUUGCCACCCUUUCCUCUACGUUAUGGUUACAAAUUCUGAUCCCAAAAAAUUAACAGAACCCAAAGAAAUCUUUUCUGAAGUAAACCAAAAUAAUUACCAACCCCUUUCUUCAACACACAACCAACUCCUCUCCGUCUACUGUGACUGCUCAGCUAUGGAUUGCAGGGCAUCUUCUCUAGUGACGGAGUUGCAAAUGGCACAUGGUCGAUAAUGCUUUUAUUGACAAGUAGUCUGUAAUAUGGAAAUGAAUAGUGCUAUUCACAGUGGAGCUGUGCAGGAGUAUAACUAUAUUCACCUCUGAAUCUCUGGUUCAGUUUCCCCUCUAUAUAACGGGGUCAUGCAGAGUUAUUUUGUCUACUGCAUUAUUAGGGGCUGUUUAUUCUGAAUGCCCACUUUCCCCAACUCUUACUUUAAUGUGCACUACAGCUGGAUCUGGUGCAGUAUAGGCCACAUCAUUAGUAUGAACGUCUACCAACCCAUGCUGUUUCUAUCAGGAUGGAAAUUUUCCAAUCCACGGGAAAUAUUCUUGGAGGGAAAAAAAUGGAAUCCUUUAAUUUAAUUAAUUAACCAAAUAAAUCCUUUAAUUAACCAAAGUGUUACAUAGUCUCCCAGUAUCCGUACAAAUUAUCUUAGCUGCUGUUUGAAGCAAAUCAGAAUCUAGGACUUCCCAAACAACGAAGCGCAUAGCCUUACCCUCAUGGUAAUUGCAGAAUCCAAGUUUACAUUUGUCUUUUAAGACCAAAAAUCUAAAACUAAAGAAAUGAAUCUGAUUCAGCUGCAAACAAAUAUCUUCCUUCUGAUGUUAAUUUGGUGGGAGAUUUUUUUUUUUUUUUUUUCUCUUAUUGUUCAGUCCUGUUGCUUAACCAAAGCCAAACAUGUAAUGGUGUAAUAAGAAAAUUCUAAAUAGAAAACUGCCCUCAUAUCUGCUAAAAAGGUCAAAUUGAGUGCUCUUACAAUGGAAGCAAUAUGGAACUCUUACUCCUAUCUUCCUUUUGUUUUCUGAGCUGCAUUAGGGGCGAUUGCUUGUUCUGUAGCAGAGGCUUUGUAUACAGUCAUUUUCUAAGAUCUGAGACAGAAUACCUUUUGGGUCGCCAAUCAUUUGAUCUACAUAAUCUGAGUAUCCCUUAUAUCUUAAGUGCCCAGAGUGAUCCAAUUGCUCCCAUGGUAAGCCAGCAACUAGCAGAUUUCUGCCGGCACCCUCCUCAGAGUGCAAGCAGAAAUCUGUGCUAACUUGUGCUUACCUCGUGCGAUAACAGCAUCUCGGCUGAUACUUAACCUGGGAGAUGCAGUUUACCGCAACUAUGCCCUGGGCAUUAGUUGUGGUGGUAAAGUGCACUUCCCGGGUUUAGUUAGGGGCACAAUGCUGCAAUUGAAUAGCCCCGGGCACUUAACCCGGGAGCUACAUCCUGGCGAUGCUAAUUGAAUUGUCCCCAUAUUUUGUAACAGUGUGUGAAAUGUGCAACCAGCAAAUUAUAUAUACAGUUCUGAUACAGUCUUUAAUAUGGUUGUAGUUUCUUGGACACACAGAUGAGGGCAAUGCUAGACUGUUCUGCACAACAGAAUGCAUGUGCCAUAUAGACUAUGUAUUGUGUCGGGCGGCAGCAGCUGUCAAAUUUGUUGAAAAAGCAAUAACGAAAGAGCAGAAAAGAGCGAAAAAAAGGAAGCCCAUUGACCUGUAUUGGAACAAUCAUUGGCUAUUGAUAAUGGGACUGAACUUUUUAUAGUGUGUGUGUGUAUAUAGACCUUGACACACACAUUCUAGUAUAGAUUUAUGGGGAGAUGUGGCGCUGUAGAAGACAGAUAUAUAUUGCAUUUACAGCCUUAUUAAAAAAGAGUAAAUGUUGGGGGUUUUCUGGGGGAAGGAGGGGGAUGUACAUGGCAUUUGUUGUAAUUUACUAAAAUCAUAUUAGUGUUUAUUGCCCCGGAAGGGGGUCAUUAACUAAUUAUGGAUAUAAAUGGAUUCCAAGUCUAUAUCCUCCAAGUAACCCCUGACCAACAAGAAAAAAAAAAGUUCCUUUAAAUCUCAUAAUUGAUAUCCCUCCUGUAACUUCCUGCAAUGACCUCAUGAUUUAACAACUAACAGUUUGCUCAUAAGACAGUUGUACAAUACAGUCUUUCAGUUUUUUUUUUCGAAACAGUAGUGUUAAAAAUAGAACUGUACUAGCAAUGUUUGGGUGAUCGUUUAGACUUUUUAUGAUCUGUCCAUACCAAAAAUUGGUACUGCAAUUAUUGCUUACAGUGAUUUCAUCAUGAUCAGUUUCUCAUUACAACCCCUUAAAGCAAACGACAAUUCAGACUGCACCUUCACUCGUGUGUAUCUGAAAAAUCUUGGCUCAGAAUAUUUAGCUUUUUACAAGUAAUUUUUUUUUUUCGUGUAUAUUUUUUUUUUUCUCAGCACUUAUCGACACAAAGUCUGUGUAUAGUUGAGCAUUGUACAAAUUUUUUUUUUUUUUUUUCUAAGCUAGCUGUGUAAGUUUGUGUUCUAAAGAAUGAGUUAAAAAGGAAAAUGCAUUUCCAAACUGUGACAACAUUAAUAAUAACAAUAUUUCCGAAACUUCAGGGACUGGCUACCUCCGGGCACCAAACUAUCAGCCACAUUUCUAUGACAUAGUAUUGUAUCAAACAUUUUUCUGUAUUUUAUGAUAAGAGCAAAACACUAGUUUCAUAUUAAAGCAAAUUUUAAGAGUUUUGGGACCUGGGUGGAGGGGUGGGAGGUAGAGGGAGUUAUAUUCUGCAUAUGAAAAUUAUGCUGUAAAUGGUAAAAUAAAAAAUGCAGCAAUUUCACAAUGUAAAUGGCAAGCAGUGGGAAAAUGCUUGUUUAAUUCCUGAAUGAUUACUAUUUUUUUUUUUUUUUUUUUUUGUCGGAGUAACAGGAAACCAUUUUUAAGAUGUGUAAACCAUAAAUAAACAAGGAUGUAUUAUAAUACCGGAAAAAGAAAACACAAAAAAUAGCUUGUACCCAAAUCCAUAAACUAUUUUUUAAACCAAAGCACAUUUUGAAGAAACCAACUGGGCUCAGAAAAAAAAAAAGGAGAAAAACAAAAAAAAAACCCAAGAAAUGGACUAUUUAUAUUUAUCUCAUUGUUUACAUAAAUCUUUACAGUUUCAGACCUCAGCAAUAGACCAGUCAAAAUUAAUUCCACAUUUUCCAUGGGUUUUCAGUGGCCUGAUUGCUUUCAUGUUUGGGAAUCCUGGUUUAUAAGUAUUACAUGACAAAGUCUUAUUUGUAGACUAUUAAAACGUAUAUAGGUUUAAUAUUCUUAAUAGUGUGAAAAAAUGUUACUGCUACCGUGGUGGUGGUGGGGUUUACAUUCCCUUUUAGGGUGCGGGAUACUCUGAUUAUGGGCUGUGUAAAUGACUAUGUUGGAAUGACCAAUGUACAGACUGCCAAGUUUUUACUGUCUGAAAAAGCCGAAUUUGGAACGCCCAAAAGAGCGCAUUGUAUUGAAUAAUGCCUGCAUAAACAUAUCAUGAGUUUCUUUAUUUAAUCGGCAGUGUUAAAGCAUUUUGCUAUUCAUGGUACCUACUUGUGAUGUUAAAAGUCUUGGGAAACAGCAUGCCUUGUCUCUGUUCUUUUUGCUAUGAACAAGUUUUCCCACCUAGGGGCAUAUAGGCUUCCCUUGGUUGCCACUAAAACUGAAUACUCCAUUUUUAAGACUCUAGUUAACUGGUUUAAAACCCAUGAAAUCGGCAUUGUCUAAAACAAAACAGAAAACCUUCAAAUGAAAAUUAAUUUAUUGGUCUAUAGUGGCUAAAAUCAGAUGGUGUACUUUUUUUUUUUUUGCCUAUGGGUAAUACACUAUUAAUUUUGUCUGGUCUUUAAUAACUAAUCAAAAAUGGUGCAGAAUUUUGCAGUGUUUGUUUUAUUUCACUAUGUAUGUGCAGUUCUGAAUGUAUUUAUUUCACACCCCCUACUGGCAGCAGCAAAGAGGCAGGGUGGUUCCCCAUCCAUUCUGUCUUUCUACUAAUCUUCUCCAGUUUAUUAGACGUCCUUCUGGAAGGGCUAAGGAGAGGCUGCCACGUAGGGUUAAGAUCCUUAUACUGCCAUAGCCCUGCAAACACUGUAAGGUUCCUGUGGCAGGAUAAUAGCUUAAAGACUAAAGGAUUUCAACAAAAAAAAAAGAAAACAAAAAGCAAACAAACCUAAAUAUCCUCAGAGACUCAACAAAUAGCCAUAAAUCACCAAGCAGGACUUUCUGUAGCUCUUCUGUUUCAUACUGGAUAUCUUCUGUAAUUCUUUUUAUUCUUAUUGUUACAAUGUCACUUGCUUCAUUUGGUAUAAAUAUAUAUGUAUAUUUUUAUUCAAGAUGUUUUCUCUCCUUCCCUAUUCUGUUUUGACAAUGUACUAAUUCCUUCAGUCCUUCAGGUACAAGAGGUGGGAUGAGACCAAGAAGAGACUUGUCCCUAAAUACAAGCUAUUGGACAACAUUAUACCUCCUCCCAAUUGUAAUAGUCUGAUGGAUUGGUCUAGAUCUUGUUGCUUGGUUGACAGCAGAUCACAUUUUUGGCUGUUCAUGUUUAUGACAGUGGUUUGUUUAUGUGUUGCUUUAGGUUGUUGUUUUACUGAUACAGAAGAUGUAAAUAUUAUGCCAAAUAUACAGAUUAGCAAAACAAUAGCCUAUUUUUGUAAAAAGAUGUCUUUUCUCGUUAGUAUUGUAAGACAGUGGUUAUUUUGGAGUGAAACCUUUUUAGUUCUAUUUUAAUGGGCCAGAAAAUACUUAAAAAUGCCAUAGUUAGAUUGCAUCAGAACCUUUGCUUUCAGGUUUGGUUUAUGGAGCUCUGUGCUUUUGUUAAAAUCAGCUGACAUUGCCCAGCCCAAUUGCGUCCUAGUUUGUGGCACUGACCACUGGUUUCUCUUGGAUAUGAAUGUAGUGCUGAUGCAUCUUCUGCUCCUGUGCCCCAACAUUUUAGUUGAUUACUUUAGUUACAUUAAUUUAAAAUGGCUAAUAGUUGUGAAAGGACCUCUAAACCUCAUACCUGUUAAUCUGAUACGAAAAGUCAUACUCCAACUCUCACAAACUUAUGUAAAAGCUCAAUAUAGUGUCAGCUUGAUGUUUCACAUUCGGUCUUCAUUUGCUGUGCUAUGAAGUGCCAGCUAUUUGUUUUGCCUUGAGACACCAUUGUAUACCCUUCAGAUGGCUCAAAGGCAGGAACUGCUUUGUAUAGGGAAAAGUAUGCUUUCCCCCUGCACUAGUAACAUUCUUCAUUUCUUAGCACCACCUGAUAUAUUUGUCUGUGCAGCACAGUUGUGAAUGUUGGCUGUAGCUUUCCUGUCCAAAGGGGAAUCACUGGUCCUUUUAAAUUGUAAUUCUAAACAUACUGCAUUUGACUUGGGGAAAGGCAUCAUCACUGUCUGGGCACUAGUGUUGUGUAUGUGAUUCCUGGAAAGAAAAAAGCUGGUUCCACCUGUCUGACUUCUAGGAAUCUUGCCAGGGAGGCACCCUUUAUUGUGUAAGAGCUUACCUUGUUUAUACAUCGUGAAUCACUCGUUUCAGAUUUAAAAAAAAAAAAAAAAGAAGCUAAUUGUUGCGAGUAAUUAAAUAAAGAUAUAAUUGCUCUUAAGUAACAUGGAGAUUACACAUUCGUGUGUAAAGGUUGGGCAUCUGGGGAUUGUUAACCUGUUAAAUCCUAGAGACUCUUUGCUUUAUUCUAAGAUACUUCACUACUACGUAAACGGAGUAUCUAGUCAUUCUGUAUGCAGCACCCCUAUAAAAUGUGCUUCUGCUUUCUGCCCCUUUCCAUCCCUAGAGGAGGAGGUGUCCUUAAGUGGUGGGCAAUCUCUGUCCUGUACUGAACUGGAAAAAGAGUUUGCGUCUACCCUUCUUGUCCCUCAGUUCUACCUCUUGUCUCCUGGGGCUGUGAUGUUCUCCUCAUGGACUUUCUAUUCAGGUCAGAGCACUCUGCUGAGGAGCUCGCACACUAGUGUCAUAUAGAGAAAAACAGAGAAUACAGAAGAUUCUGGUGAUCUGAACAUUUGAGAAACUUUCAGUCUUAAUGUACAGUGAUGAAAAACUGUUAUUUUAUGAUCUUUUCAUUAAAAGCUUGAUUGAAAAUGGAA